AUGGCUUCCAGUUUUAAGGCUGAGCUGACUUGCUCGGUGUGCCUGGACCUGUUCCAGGACCCGGUGCUGACCCGCUGUGAGCACACCUUCUGCCGCCGCUGCGUGCUGGAGUUCUGGAGCCAGCAGCAGCGCAACAUGUGCCCGCUGUGCCGCAAGGUCUGCCCGUCCGCCCAGCUGCUCCGGAACCGGGUCCUGGGCGGCCUCCUGGACAGCCUCCGGCAGCGGGAGAACCCGCAGCUCUGCCCCGACCACCGCCUGGAGAGGAGCCUCUACUGCCCCGAGGACCAGGAGCUGCUGUGCCGCCAGUGCCGGGAGUCGCCUCGCCACCGCGGGCACAACCUGCUCACCAUCACCGAAGCCAGGACCCGCUACAAGGAGGAAAUAGAAAAUACGCUGAAGUUGCUUCAGGACAGAAGAAAAAAAUGCGAAGGAUUGAAAACGAAAUCGGACAAGUACAUAGCGAAGUUACAGGACUGGGCGCGGCAGACGGAGAGCCAGAUCAAGAACUCCUUUCGGAAGCUGCACGUCUACUUGAACGGCGAGGAGAGCAGCCUGAUCCAGCAGGUCAGGCAGGAGGAGCGGGAGUCCAGCCGGAAGCUGCAGGACAUGACCAAGCAGGUCUUCCAGCAGCUGACGGUGCUGCAGAACAACAUCCAGGAAGUCGAGAGGCACAUGCAGGACGGUAUUCUCGACCUGAAGGUAUGUUCGUUUGGGGCUUUGUAA